AACACCCCUCCCACCCUCGCGCCGUCAGACCACAGUAUGCAAAAGCGCUCAUCUGGACCCAAAAGACGUGAUUUGCGAACGUGAAUCGGAGUAAAGAUGCCCGAAAGUCAGCAUCGCAAGAGGCCGCGCGGCGAGGGAGGGUGCGCUUCAUUCUGACGUAGCGCGCUCGCUCCAGCCCCGCGCCUCCGUUGCGCUCGGUAUCUCCAGCGCAAAAUCAACCCAAACGCGGCGAUCGUUCAGCGUGAUUUGACAUCGUGGCGUCCAGGAAUCAAGAAGAUGACAUUUAUCGCCAACAUGUUGACCUUCCACAAGGAGAUCCUCUUUAACCUUUUCUUUAAUGUUCCUCACUUUCCAAAACCCCGGAUUGGCAUUGGACGUGUGAACUAGAGCUCCCAGAAAACCACAUUCUGCAAAUAUCCGAGUAUUCUUCAUCCUCACCCACACUAGGAGAAGAUGGAUAGUCCGCCUAAGCUAUCUGGGGAGACUCUUAUAGUCCACCACAUUCCGCUGGUUCACUGCCAGGUUUCGAGCUCAAGACAGUGCUGCGGUAGCCCACUGAAAAGGAACAGCAAUCCCUUCAGCUGCCCAGAGAAUCUGGGAUUGAGCCGGACCACCUCCCUUCCUGAGAGAGACAUUCUUCAGCGGGAGGCUUUGGUGUACAGCAGCCUCAUACAGACGUCAAGCAGCAGCCUUAGCACUAGUGACACUUUUGGGGAUGGAGGGAUGAGGGGAGGAGACAAACAUGGGAGAGGAGGGAGAGAAGGGAGCAUGGCAAGCGACACUUCCUCUUUCACCUCGAGCAAUUCUGAAGACCAGACUCAAGGCCUGCAUAUGAAGACACGCGAGCGUCCGAACUCGAGGCGUAACCCCUUUCUGCUCAACGCUGAAGACGAAGACGACGACGAGGAUGAAGACAAUCUAAAUGGAUAUUUGGAAGACUCCUCCUUUCACCUGCACGGAAACCCGCAUGACAUCUCGAACGCAGCACUUGCAAACGAAGACUUGCCGCCGUUCCACCUGCAUGACCUUGGGUUUACAGCUGAACCUUUUCUCCUGCAUGGGUCUACAGGAAAACAGUGGAGUUCCACUAAUGGGCCUAGUGGGGAGUCAGAGAGCAGAGACCACACAAUAGCUGGGACUUUCGUUUUAUCUGCUCACAUGGAAGGCCUGAACUUGCUGAGAUUAGAUAGCCAGCGGCGCCAUGGAAGCAGUGGUUCCACCCUUUCAAUGGACUGUGGUGAGCAGGAAUGGGGUGAGGAUGAUGAUUAUGAAGACCAGUCCAUGCAGGGCGGCAGAGGAAGCUCAGAGUGUUCCAGCCUCGCAGCACCGCAUUGCUCCUGUUGCGGCCUUUCUCAGCCAUACCCUGAACCUUUUCACGAGUCGUUUUCCGAGUGCCACCAGGGCUACGGCAGUGAUUCCUCCUGCAAUAGCUCGGAUGGGGUGCUGGUGAACUUCAGCACCAUUUACAACAAGAUGAACAAUGUAGUCCCGGCUAAACAGUCGCUCAAUAUCAACAGUUCCGCCGAGCAAUCCUGUGCCUCUUCUGUGUCUGAGCUCGUUGGGAUGUGCGGGACAGAAUGUAGCAGUGGACGUGGAGCUUUCUACCUGGACUUACACACGUCCCCGAUCGAACCCCCCCAGCGUCCUUUGGCCACUCAAGAACAUGCAAACUCUUCUUCUGUAUCUCAGCCUCAAGGUGCCACUAUGGAACUAGAUGCCAACUGUAACUCAUACCACAACCUUCUCGGAAGCGAGACGCUGUCCUCUGCUGAAACCUCGGCCAAUGAGCUCACCUCGUGUCUUCAAAGCCAAGCUCGCUUGGUUGUAGCAACGCAGAAUUACUAUAAGCUUGUGACGUGUGACCUUUCUUCCCAGUCCUCUCCCAGUCCUGUGGGAUCAUCGGUCACAAGCUGUUCUGAUGAGCACAGCAAAGGAAGUCCCACUCAGCCAACAGAGUACUAUCUAUUCCAACAAAUGAAAGAGGAUGAUGAAGAGGAAGAUGCAGAGAAUGAAGACAAGGAUCCAAGUGAGACUGACUCUACCCGUGACAAUGUUAUUGAGGGGCAGGUGUAUAUCAACAUCUCCCCACCUACGACAGCCUGUAGUUCAGUUGGUGCUUCGGGGAGCGGUCGACCUCGUUCCCGUAGCUACGAUCGAAACUUGGACAAGUCUCCAUCUCCUCGUCUUGGAUCCUUGGAGCGCAUGCUCAGCUGCCCUGUUCGGCUCAGUGAGAGUGCAGCCCCGAGCCCGCCUCCUCCACCACGUGUCACUUCUUUCGCGGAAAUAGCGAGAAAUAAGAGGAGAACUGGGGGGUCUCCGUCGCAGAAGACUGGGAUGGAGGCCACGUCCAUGCACUCUCACUCAUCUGGGGAGUUCUCGCCCAUCCUAGAAGACCUUCCACAGGGUCAAAGCCACAGUUUGCCACCACUCACUCGAUGCCAUAGUCAAGGAAGCUGUGAUUUGUCCUCCCCGCAUAGACCAUGGAGUACACCACUGCGAGAAUCGCCGGGAGGAGCGGGAAAACAGACUCGAACUAAAGCAGAAGGUGGCCUAUCUAGCUCCACAGACUCCUCUCCGGUUGUAAUUCGCUAUAGCAAAGAUCAACGUCCGACCUCAUUACCCAUUCAGCCUUUCACUUUCCAGCACCAAUACGGAAAACCACAGGCAAAGCCUCUUCUUCCUCUUCUGGACGGAUACAUCAGCCAUAUGCAGACUCGAGGGGCUGUGGCGCCUGAGGGAGGAGAAGAUGACUCAGAAGAAGAUUGCAGGCCACCACACGGCACCUCCAACGCACCUACAACAGUACGGCCAUCCCCACUGGGCAGCUACUCCCCAGUUCGCCUCCAAGGUGCACCCACCUCUUCUGGAACCUGCUCCACGUGCACUCCGACCCCAGGUGGACCAAAGCCACCUCGUUCCCUCUCUUGCCCCAUCUCUGCAGGUCUUCUGCCCCAGCAUACCCCACCUGGAAUGACCACACAUACAGAGACACCUAAACACGCUCCCUUACCUCCUACACCGCCUCCACCUCCUCUGAUGAAGCAGAGUCCACUGAUGCCUGCAUUGCCCACUAGAAAUCACUGUUUCCACCGAGGCAAUUUACCAACGCUUCCCAGCUCUGGGCUCAGUCCUCUUGCAUCACAGGAAGAACCAGUGAAGGUUUUACCAGCGUGUGUCACACAGCGACAGCCUAAUGUGCACCACCUCUCCCCACAGGCACUGAAAUGGAGAGAGUACAGGCGCAAGAACCCUCUGGGUGUGGAGCGUGGUAAAGACGGCCCUCAUUCUUUCUCUUGCGCUUUGGAAACCAAGAGACCUGGAACUCGUGUCAUGCGACGCAAUGUGUUUGAUUUCCCUCCGACCAAUCAACCAAUCGGCUUCGGCAGACUGAAUGGUGCUGAACCAAUUUCUAACACUCAACGAGGGUUGAAGGGAAUGAGCCGGAAAGAGGGCUGGGGUCAGUCAUUAAGGCAACUGCCGCAGUGUUACAGCGACUUCCUACCUGAUUACUUCUCUCAGACGGAGCGCCCCCCGGAAGAAUUUUGCUUGUCUCCUGACGCCAAUACUGACAAAUCCAUCUCUAUAGAUCUGUUGCAGAAGAGAGGUUUGGUGAAGGCCAUAAACACAGCAGUGGAUCUGAUAGUGGCUCAUUUUGGAACCAGUCGGGAUGCAGGAGUAAAGGCUAAAUUGGGCAAUAGCUCGGUUAGUCCGAACGUGGGUCACCUUAUUCUAAAGUACUUGUGUCCCGCCAUUCGUGAGAUACUGCAUGAUGGACUGAAAGCGUAUGUACUGGACCUGAUCAUCGGACAACGCAAAAACCAGCCCUGGAGUGUGGUGGAGGCCUCCACUCAGCUCGGUCCCUCUACACGUGUUUUGCACAGUCUGUAUUCUAAAGUCAGUCAGUAUUGUGAGCUGACCAAUCGCAGUAUGAGACUCAAUGCUUUCAUCUUCGGCCUGCUGAACUUGCGUUCCCUGGAAUUCUGGUUCAACCACAUUUAUACCCAUGAAGACAUCAUAGCAGCACACUACCACCCAUGGGGUUUCCUACCCCUGUCUCAAGGAGCCUGCCAGCCACUGUUUGAAGAGUUGCUGCUCCUUCUUCAGCCGCUCUCACUGUUGCCCUUUGACCUUGACCUGCUAUUUGAGCCACACCAGCUACAGAAAGGGGAAGAACACCUGAGACGCAAAGAACAGCUGUGCUCUGCUCGCCAAAGCCUUGACCAAUCAGAUCGCUCCACCUUCCAGCUCAUGCGAGGCUGUGGAAUGUUGGAGUCUGGAGAGCAGGAAGUGGGAAUGCUGCCUCAGAGAGAAAGCUUCAUCUUGAGAGAUGACGACAGUCAGCUUAGGAUUGAGGGAGUGACAUUAAAAAUGAAACGAGAUGGGCGGAAAAGUGCAGGAGCGGAGCGUGAAACCCGAUAUAAAGAGGCUGGAGUUGGCAAAGAGUGUUUGAGAAAGAGUGACGCAGGACAGAUAGAAGGCAGCGGGUGGUGUGGUGGAAGGAUGAAGGGAGUUGGAGAAGACAGUGAGAAAGAGAAAAGGAAAGAAAGAGAUGGAGAUGGAGCCAAACAGAGAAACAGGCAAGCUGGCUGGUGGUACCAGCUGAUGCAAAGUUCACAGGUUUACAUCGACAACUCUGCUGAGGGCUCCAAGUUUGUGAAGUGGGAGAAGAGGAGGAAAGGCGGUGUUGAGAAUCAUCGGCAAAGCCACCCGCCUCCAAGAGAAGGUGUGGUUGAGGGGGCUGAGGCCAUUCAGCAGAUGGAUGAACAGGUGGAACAUGGUCGGACCAGCGGUAGCAAUAUUAAUCGCGUUGGCAGUGGGGUCCACCACCAAUCAGCAUUGUCAGAACCCAACAAGGUCGCUAAGGGGAAGCCAUCGUGGAUGGGAAGUCCGCCGGAAUCAGUGCUCACUGAACUGAAGAAGAGUAAGGAGAAGCAGCCAGACUGCCAGGAUGCCUAUGAAGGGCUUCGGGCCCAACCAGAAGCAGGGGAGGAUGGGUCGGCACAGGUGCUUCGCUGGGGUCGGCUGUUUGGAGCUGGAAAUGCAAGCAAGAUGGAGAAGAGUGAGCCGAAACAACUCAGAAAACAAAGAUUGCCGUCUGGUUGGUUGAGUCUGGAUCGUUCAGUGCUGGAUCUGGUGGCUCAGUCUGUCGGAGUGGGGAAAAGAGAGGACCAACAAUCUUUUGCGUCUCAAAGCCAAGAAUCCCACCUUGGCCCGACUGAACAAGCACAAACACAAAAUCCGCCGACACGGAGACAAGCCCCACGUGAAGUGAAGGCGUUGUGCCAUCAUAUUGCCACAGAGCCAGGGCAGCUCAGUUUCCACAAAGGUGACGUGCUGCAGGUGCUCAGCAGGGCAGACUCUGAUUGGCUGCUGUGUGCUCUGGGCGAUGGCCAGGGACUUGUUCCCAUCAUAUACGUCACCCUGAUCGAGGACAGUCAGGAGCGCUGAAUCUCACAGGCUCCGAUUGACACGGGUGUGAGAUGCGGUCGGGGACAAAGAGGAGGGUCACUGCUUUUCUGAAUAUAAAAUCUGCUGCACAAGGGAGCCUGACGGAUUCAUUUUGUGCUUGCAUGUGUAUGUAAACACCAAUACACCAGUGCACACACACACAAACAUCACACUUUGCUGUCGUGAAAGCACUCUCUUUGUUUCGGUGAACAGCAUUGAGCCAACCAGUGAUUAGAAAGUGUAGAUCUAGUUACUGAGUAGUGAAAUCGUUUGCAACGAGCCAUCAGGUUUUGCAACUUAGCUUGUAAUCAUAAAUGUCAAUAGCCUUUUAAAAAGAACUAAAAAACCAAAAUGAAGUUGUUAGAUGACACUAUUGGCACAUAUGCCUCGUCUUUACUAAAUACUGUACGAUUUUAUGUAAUCUAGAUGUUAACCAAUUCAUGUGUUGUGACUGAGAGUGUGCUCACGUGCCGCUCAGAGGCUGUGGGUGAACCGGAGGUCAUUGUCGAACAUCUCUUUCUCACACUGUUUGUGCAAAUAACUGUAUGAGGCUGAAUAGCACGUCGCUAAAAAGGGAUUCCUCGGUUUUGGAAUUAAAGCUCAUUAACAUGCCCCCCGCCUCGAAUCAACCUGUCCAGAGGCAAUUUUUCUCCAACCUGUGCUGCUGUGACGGGAGAAUUGAUCCGCUAAUGCUGUCCCCACAAUCUCUGUCCCUUCGUUUCAAGCUUUUUUCACUAAUAAGGGACAGUUUACAGCAAGAUCGCCUGCAUGUGACCGAGUGCAUCACCAAUUUUGUGCUUUUCUGAUACUUAACGAGUUGAAACAAGCUCAGUCUUUAACCUUAAAUGUUCCGUUCCUUCUUAUAUCAACUUUUGCAACUCCUGCAAGAGAUGUGGAAAGGGAAGAUGAGUCUAAUGUUUCGAUUUUCUGUUGUUUGGAUUUGGUUUAAGGAGUUUAAUAUUUAUUAAAAUAGAUCAAUCUGUUGACGAAAGGACAGAUGUAUAGAUAGAACGGGAGUUUUUAUGUAAGUAGCUAAAUAGAUGGUGAGCAAAAAAGAGAUUUUGGAGGGGGUUGGUUGCAAAUCCCUUACCCUUUCAAUACAUUCAAUUCAUGAGAUGCUUUCCUCCAGUUAUCAACAUGAACUCGGAUCUCUUAAAUAUCAUCUACUGAACACCUUCCUCUGUUUUUGCAGUAGGAGACAAAAAAAGACAUUUAGACAAGGACGGUAAAAUACUACAUGGCCUUUCGAUGUGCUAAAUUUAAUUUAAGGUGAGGCCUUACGGAAGGGAAUGUGUAUUGUGUAUUUUGUUAUAGCAUUAAAUUCUUAUUUCGGGACUUGAAAUAAUCUUGGGCCCUCGGUAUGACACUUGAUAUGCUUUUGCUUAAAGUAAUAUAUAAAUAUAUAUAUAUGAUCAUAUUUUGAUUUGAUUUUUUCAAAUUGCUUUAUUGAGACAUCAGUAGAUGAUCGUCGAAGUAUGUUUUUGUUAAAACAGUUUUAUGAUUAUUUUUUAUUUAUAAAAUGCAUUAGUUAUUAUUUUGUGUAUUUGUAAUUGUAAAUAUGUUGCGUUCUCAUGUUCUCAAAAGGAAAAUGACGUUAUUGACUUGGUUAUUAACAGCUUUAAACACUAACAGUUGAUAACGAAAGCCGUUCAGAUGUAAAUUAUGCUGUUAUGGGAUGUUACGAGUAGAAGAAAAUGCUCUCACAAAAAGCUGUGCAAUCUAGAUUGUAGUGCUGCUGCUUUAGGUCAAUCCUGGUCUCUUAAGGUUUGUCUGUCGGUCUUCCAAAUACGCUUUGCUUUUCGACUAAAUCCACCCGGUAAAUAUCGGAGAGAGAGAGAGAGAGAGAGAGAGAGAGCUUGCGAGAGAAAUAGCUGUCCAGUGCCUUUUUAAACCAAUGCGAGAUUCAAGAGUGGUUCCUCACAAGUGGUUGGUGCCAUUCCAGUUGCUUUUUCCUUCUGUGUGAAGCAGGAAUAAAUACUGGUAAAACUGGAAUCAGAUUAUUAGAGGAUAAACACCAGUGCAAGAGAGGACGUUUUAGUUGGGAGUGUUGGGUGAUGUAUGUUUGUGCAAUGUUCUCUAUCUCUCUCUCCCUCUCUCUGUCUGCUUCGAUCCUCCCAAUAUUUUCUGGCCUGUAUAUACUGUACUAUACCUGUAGCUCACCUGGAUCUCCCUUCCCCGUGACCAUGUUGUGCUCCUAUAACAUUACCAUCAUGUAUGGAUAUCAAUAACAAAGUGCUCAUGUGAACACUGA